AUGAAUACUCAACAAAGAGCUAUGGAAGGUGACUUGACCCGUUUGAAGGCUAUCGCCCGUAAGGAAAAAGAUGCCGUUGGUCGUGAGAAGAUCGACGAUACCUUGAAGCAAUAUACCAAGCUUUUCGAAGGAAAGGACGAUCAAUCGAUCGAAGCCCGUAAGAACAACUACACCAGCAUGGUCAACCAAUUCUACGAUUUGGCCACCGAUUUCUACGAGUUUGGUUGGGGUCAAUCCUUCCAUUUUGCCACCCGUCACAAGUUCGAGUCAUUCGAAGCCUCGAUCGCCCGUCACGAAAUGUACUUGGCCCAUCAACUCGGAUUGUUCCCAGGUAUGCGUGUCCUCGAUGUCGGUUGCGGUGUCGGUGGUCCACAAAGAACUAUUGCCCGUUUCUCUGGUGCCCACGUCGUCGGUUUGAACAACAACGAGUACCAAAUCCAACGUGGAAAGCGUCUCAAUGAACAAGCCGGUCUCUCCCACUUGACCUCCUUCAUCAAGGCCGAUUUCAUGCACGUCCCACAACCAGAUGCCUCAUACGAUGCCAUCUACCAAGUCGAAGCCACCUGUCACGCUCCAUCCAAGGUCGAGUGCUACAAGGAGAUCUUCCGUCUCUUGAAGCCAGGUGCUCUCUUUGGUGGUUACGAAUGGAUCGUCACCAACAAGUACGACAAGAACAACGAAGAACACCGUAAGAUCAAGCGUGAAAUCGAACUCGGUAACGGUCUUCCAGAGUUGGAACAACCAGCCGCUAUCGUCGCCGCCCUCAAGGAAGCCGGUUUCGAAGUCUUGACUGCCACCGAUUUGGCUGAGACCUCUGACCUUCCAUGGUACCUCCCAUUGUCUGGUUCAUUCUCGAUCACCGGUUUCCUUCACACUGCCGUCGGUCGUUACCUCACCGGUAAGCUCUGCCAAGUUCUCGAGUGGGUCAAGAUUGCCCCAGGUGGUGCUUAUGAUGUCAACGUUUGGUUGCAAGGUGCUGCCAUCUACUUGGUCGAAGGUGGAAGAAAGGAAAUCUUCUCACCAAUGUUGUUCGUUUUGGCUCGUAAACCAGAGACUGCCAACUAA